AUGGUUACAGCUAUAAAAGGAGUAUUAGUUAAAUGUGAUGAACCAACAAUGCAAAUAAUUUUACUUUUGAAUGAAAAUAAAAAUUUUUUGAUUGAAAAAAUCAGUGACACCGUAUGCUUAUGUAAAGAAAACGUAUAUGACUUUUUAGAAAAAGAAGUAAUAAGACAAUUAGAGUAUUCAGAAAAGCAUGAAACUGAAGAUUAG